UGCUUAACCGUUUAUUAACCGUUGAACCAAACUCCAUUAGAAAAAUACAAUAUUUAGUGUCUUCAGCAGGUCACCGUCUAACAUUACGUCACAUCAGUAAAAAUAAAAAGUGUCAUUAGUUUUGAUGACGUCACCGGGGGUCCCGCAUGGUGUGUUUGUUUGUUUUUCCUUCUCCAGUCAAACCGGAAGUACUGAGGUGGCGGUGAUUGGCUGAGAGGCCGGCAGCUGGCACCGCGAGCCUCCAGCCCCGCCCCCCGCCUGAGUGACGUAGGCUGGAAGAAAAAACUUUAAGAAGAAAACAAACGAAGAAGAAGAAGAGACAAACAGAACAGGUUCUGUACCACAGAAGAAGAGACAUGGCGGCGGGCCGGAGAGCUGGAGCGUCAUCUCGGAGCUGUCCGUCACAUCACGCCGCUCUGUGAGCGUCUGUCCGCGGGGAAACGGCAUGAAUCAGCCCGGGCUCCGGGCAUCAUGGCCGACGAGACCGUCAUGACAGAUGCAGCCGGGGUGUCGGAGCGCAGCGGCCGGGUUCUGGCUCCGGGAGGCGGCGGCAGGUCCGCGGAGUCCUGGAAGAAGGACAUCGUCCGGCAGCUGAAGCACCGAGACCGGAGCCAGCACACCAUGUUCCAGGACCUGAUCCGCUUCUACACUCAGCUGCUGGAGAAAACCAGCCUGGCCAAAGGAAUCCUGAGCUGCUCUGUCAGGCGUCCCUCCUCUGACAGCAGCAGCUCUGUCUCCUCUCUGCUUCAGCGGAACAGCCAGCUGAAGAAGACGACAGGAGAGCUGGCCUAUCAGGUGGUGGAGCUGCAGCAGCAGAUUAAAAUCAAAGAAUGUGUUCUGGAGGAGCAACAUGCCAGACUGUCGGAGGAGGAGCGGUGGCUGGCGGGAGCGCUUGAUGCUCGCCAGGAGCUGCAGGAGCGGGUGGGGCAGGUUCAGGAGGAGAACGGGGCGUUAAAGAUGAAGUAUGACACCCUGCUGGAGCGACAGAGGGAGGCGGAGACAAGACUGAGAGAGGAGAAGGUGAAAGAAGGACACCUGCUGGAGGACAUGAUCCACCUAAAAAAACAAGCCGCUGCACGCAUGAACAGUCGCAACGAACGCAGGUCCAGAGCUCGACAAGCGAACCUACAGAAGGAGCUGCAGACCGCUGCCAGGUCAAAGGUCACAGUGGACAGUUGUUCGAGCGCUCCGACCUCCAGAUCCACGUCUCCAAAGAAGGAAAACCACGACCCAGAGUCCACAGAGAGACCACACACCCGACUGUUCAGGUCGGCAUCGGCGACGUCACCGAGAAUCCUGAGCUCCAUCAGAGAGCUGUUUGACAGGAAGAGGCGUGGCCACUCAGUGUGCAGCCUGGAGGAGGAUCUGAUGUGUCCGGUGGGAAUCUGUGUGUCAGCCAGAGUCCCAGUGAGAGCUCGACAAGCACUGGAGGCCCAUGAGCAAGGCAUCAACGCUGUGAGGUUCAGCUCCAGUUCAGACCUGUUGGCCACCGGAGGAACAGACAGAGUCAUCAAACUGUGGGAGGUCAGAGCAGGCUCGCUGACUCACAGAGCCACUCUGGAAGGCAGCACGGAGGGAGUCACCUGCAUCGACUUCAACCCCAUGGGUCUGAGGAUCCUCGCAGCCUCGUACGAUAAGUCGGCCUUGUUGUGGCAGCGCGACGAGUCCGUUCCCAAGCUGACUCUAACAGGUCACAGCAGGAAGGUGACAGCGGCGAGGUUCAGCAGUUUACCUCAUCAGGUGGUGACGGGCAGUGCAGACAGAACCAUCAGACUGUGGGACCUCCACAGAGCUGCCUGUGUGCAGGUAGCUGACGUGCCGUCGUACUGCAGCGACCUGGUCUGUUCUGAGAACUCCAUCAUCAGUGGACACUACGACUGCAAGAUCAGAGUCUGGGACACCAGGACGGUCAGCUGUGUGCAGGAGCUUCCUGCUCAGGGUAAAGUCACCUCAUUGGACAUCAGCCCCGACCAUCGCCAGCUGCUCAGCUGUUGCCGUGACGACUGCCUGCAGCUGGUCGACCUGAGGAGGUGGAGCAACGACCGCAUGUGCUUCAGAGCCGAGGGCUUCAAAUGUGGCAGCGACAGCACCAAAGCUGUGAUCAGUCCAGACGGUUGCUUCCUCGCUGCCGGAUCAGCAGAUGGCACCGUUUACAUCUGGAAUUUCUCCACUGGCAAACUGGAGACCCGCCUGCCGGACCAGCACAGUUCGUCCAUCAGCGCUGUGUCCUGGUCUCUGUCAGGUGAACACGUCGUCAGCGUGGAUAAGAGAGGGCUGGCCGUCCUCUGGAGUGACAUCUGAACAGCCAAUCCACGAAGAGGUCACGUUGUCACGGCAACAAGGCGCCUCACCUCAGAUCUGAUCUGAGACGAGUCGAAGGGACGUGUUGGUUUUGUUUUCUAUGUUACUGUUUGUUGACUGGACAAAAGGGAUGAACGCUCGAGGCAUUUUUCUCAUUUAUAACCAAACCGUGCUGCAGAAACACAACAAGACAACAUUCAGGGCCACUGACGGGACAAACUGAGGCGCCUUCAUCACGACACCUGCGAGUUCUGACGGGACCGUGUGCAGGAGCACAGAACGCCGUAGAGCUGUAACGAUCGCUCCAUCCAUCGAUAAACCAAUUCAUCACCGACUGUUUUAAUAAGCAGCUUGUCAUUGCAGUUGUGUUAUAAGCAGAAAUGUGAAACAUGGCCUGAGUCACAUUCUCUGAUUCAUUGAUUUGAAUUUGGUGGUCAGAGGUCAGAGGUCGCUAUGACAUCAUCACAUUCUGCUCAGAGCUCAGGAACAAGCUAACAGCUGCCAGCUGGUGAUUCUGGUGCACUGCUGUUGUUGUAGAGGUGACAGUGACAGCGAAGCGGCUCUUCACACUUCAUGUUGCUGAAGUUUUGACCUCCUCAGACUUUUUUUUCUUCUGCGUGUUCCUUUUGGAAGAAGCCGAAGUUUUAUUUUAAAAAAGUUACUCAGGUCGUCUGGUCUCAUCCUGUUGACUGGCAGAAAUGUACCCGCUUUAGUGAAAUCAGAAAUGAACAGACGAAGACGUCGUGAUCAGCAGGAGGAGGUGCAGCAGGAGGAGCAGCAGGAGGUGCAGCAGCAGCAGGAGGUGCAGCAGGAGGUGCAGCAGGAGGAGCAGCAGGAGCAGCAGCAGCAGGAGCAGCAGCAGCAGGAGGAGCAGCA